AAAAGAUUUAGUUUUCACAAAUUCGCGUUUCAUUUCAUUUCAGUUUCAUAUUCAUAAUGAAAAAUUUCCUCGCUUUACUUUGUGUUAUAUUGGCAAUUUGUAAAGUUUCUUCUGAAUCUCAAGAGCUACAAAAAAGAAACGCCUGCAAAAAUCACUCUUGUCAUCCAUUCACAGAGUGUCAAGCGGUAAAACGAAAAUCGGAUGGACCUGAAAAAUGGAUUUUUGAGCCUGUGUGCAUGAAAGUUCCUACCUGUGCUACGAAAAAAUGUGUAGAUGGAGAGAAGUGCAUAUUGAAAAAGAUAAAAUGCCAAUUGAUUCCCUGCUUCAAGAUUCCGACUUGCCUUCCAGACAUUAAUGAAGCAUCUCCAGAAUAUCAAAUGCCUCCUGCUUUUUUGGUUUGAGUGAUUUCAAUAA